CACAUCGUUAAAACACAAUUUCCAUACACGAGCCAGAGGGGUCGCUUAAUUUACACCAUGCCCAAACCACAGCAGUGAGGCAAGAAAACCACAUCGUGUCUUUAGAAAUCAAGGCUAUACUGAGUCAAGAGGGGUGAGCCUCAGCGCGUGGAGUCACCGUGGGAACCGGAGACUGACAGGCGGACAGGGGAGGGGACUCUCUCCCUGCCAUACCCGUCCACUCAGAGGCACUCUCACCGUCUCUCCUCUGAAUCAUUAAUUCGGUGUUAUAAAGGAGCGUUAUCAGGCGGCGGAUGGUGCUCGUUAAGCGCUAGGACAGAGCUGACAGUGGCGAUGAUGGAGGGACAGUGCAGCCGCUGUAAGAUCGUGGUGGUCGGUGACACUCAGUGUGGAAAGACGGCGCUGCUGCAUGUGUUCGCCAAGGACAGCUACCCAGAGAAUUACGUGCCUACAGUGUUUGAGAACUACACGGCGAGCUUUGAGAUCGACAAGCACCGCAUCGAGCUGAACAUGUGGGACACAUCAGGGUCCUCGUAUUAUGAUAAUGUACGGCCCCUAGCGUAUCCAGACUGUGAUGCUGUGCUCAUCUGUUUUGAUAUCAGCAGACCAGAGACGCUGGACAGCAUCCCUAAGAAGUGGCAGGUGGAGGCUCAAGAGUAUUGUCCUAAUGCAAAGUUGGUGCUGGUUGGCUGUAAGUUGGAUAUGAGAACAGAUGUCAGCACCUUACGAGAACUAUCCAAACAGAGACUCAUACCUGUCACUCAUGAACAGGGGAGCUCACGAGCACGCGAGCUGGGCGCAGUUGCGUACGUGGAAUGCUCGUCCCGAAUGUGCGUGAACAGUGUCCGAGACGUCUUUCACAUCACCACGCUGGUGUCCGUCAGACGUGAGGCCAUCCCGAGCCUCAAGAGAAGCUCCUCCCGCCACGCUCUCAAGCGCAUAUCUAAUCAGCCUCUACUGCCAGUCAGCUCACAAGCCACGCCCCUUGAACCCACCCCGACCCUCAGGGAGGACAGAGCCAAGAGUUGCACAAUCAUGUAGACUAAUGCACACACAGUCACAGUGGUGUGUGUGUGUGUAUGUGUGUGAAUGCGGAGAUGUGCACAAAAAAAAAAAAAACAGACAGAUACUCUGUAUUUAUGGGAGAGUCAUAUUGUCCCAUAUAUGGCCCAUGGGAUUGUACAGCUGUGUGAAUACAUUAUACAGAGGAGUUCUAUUUAUUAACUUCAAGUUUGCUUUUAUUUUUAUCAUUGUGGUAUUGCUUAGCUGACCUAAGUGUCACAAACUGUGUAAAGCAUAUGCAAAAAGAAUAAAAAAAGGGUUUGGAUUUUUUUGUGUGGACCGC